AAGGCAUUUCCAUGCAUAAAUAACAUAACUUAAUAUUUAUGAAUACAUAAAUAUGCCCAAAAAUCCACAUAUUUGAGUUCGACAAAAUGUUUGUCGCAAAUUUUGCACCAAAAAACAACGAAAUAAACACGAUAAAAUCAACUUAAAGUUAAAUUUCAGCCACAAACAUUGUUAGGCGCAGCAAAAGUAAUAAAUAAAAAAUACAAAAAUUGACAUCCCUGCAAAUAAAAUGCUGCUGCUUGGCCUCUUCAGCCACCUGCUAAGCAGUGGCAAGUUUUGGACGACGCGGCGCACAAACGCCAGUCAACACAUGGAUAUACGAUUUGUCUUCGUAAUAUUUUUUCUGCUCAAAUGGUCACAUGCACAAGGUUCACAUCCGCCACGGAUAGUCGAGCAUCCGAUAGAUACGACGGUGCCGCGCCACGAACCGGCGACACUUAAUUGCAAAGCAGAGGGCUCACCAACGCCCACAAUACAGUGGUUUAAGGAUGGUGUGCCGCUGAAAAUACUGCCCGGAUCCCACAGGAUUACGCUGCCGGCAGGUGGCUUAUUUUUUCUGAAGGUUGUAAAUUCGCGUCGCGAAACGGAUGCUGGCGUCUACUGGUGUGAGGCGAAAAACGAGUUGGGUGUGGCGAGAAGUCGAAAUGCGACGCUGCAAGUUGCCGUGCUGCGCGACGAAUUCCGUCUGGAGCCGCAGAAUACACGCAUAGCACAGGGUGACACAGCGCUGCUGGAAUGUGCCGCACCACGUGGCAUCCCCGAGCCGGCGGUGUCAUGGAAGAAAGGUGGCCAGAAAUUGGAUUUGGAUAGCACGAAGCGUAUACGCAUCGUCGACGGUGGCAAUUUAGCCAUACAGGAUGCACGUCAAAGUGAUGAGGGUCAAUAUCAAUGCAUUGCCAAGAAUCCUGUGGGCGUACGGGAAUCUGUAUUGGCGACGCUCAAAGUGCACGUGAAACCAUUUAUCAUACGUGGCCCACAUGAUCAAACGGUAUUGGAGGGCUCAUCGGUGACGUUUCCUUGUCGCGUUGGCGGUGAUCCAAUGCCAGAUGUUUUAUGGUURCGCACAGCAUCCGGCGGAAAUAUGCCAUUGGAUCGCGUUAGUGUGCUUGAGGAUCGUAGCCUGCGUCUAGAGCGCGUCACAAUCGCGGAUGAAGGUGAAUACAGUUGCGAAGCUGAUAAUGUGGUCGGUGCGAUCUCCGCCAUGGGCACGUUGACAGUGUUUGCACCUCCCAAAUUCAUACAGCGUCCAAUAAGCAAAUCCAUCGAACUCGGCGCCGAUACUUCGUUCGAAUGUCGGGCAAGUGGCAACCCGCGUCCCACACUCUUCUGGACCAUUAAAAAUAACCGCACAAUCAUAUUUCCGGGYGCGCCACCACUAGAUCGAUUUCAAAGCAUUAACACCGAAGAGGGUCACUCAAUAUUGACGCUGACGAAUUUCCAACGCACCGACCGCGAUUUGGUUGUGGUUUGCAAUGCCAUGAAUGAGGUUGCAACAAUAACGGCACGCGCACAGCUAACACUCGACUCGCAAGAGGACCGCCCACCGCCCAUUAUAAUUGCCGGCCCGGUUAAUCAGACGCUACCUGUCAAAUCAUUAGCCACCUUGCAGUGCAAGGCCAUUGGAUUGCCGAAUCCGACUAUUUCCUGGUAUCGCGAYGGCAUACCCGUGCAUCCGAAUGCUAAAGUGAACAUCACAGCGGCCGGCGAUUUGAUAAUUUCCGAUUUGGACCGCAAAGAAGAUCAGGGUUUGUACACCUGUGUGGCGAGCAGUCGCACUGGCAAGUCCACAUGGAGCGGUUAUCUGCGCAUCGAAGUGCCCACCAAUCCGAAUAUUAAAUUCUAUCGUGCACCCGAACAAACCAAAUGUCCCAAUGCACCCGGUCAACCCACCRUAUUGAAUGCAUCCGCCAAUGCGCUUACUAUUGUCUGGCCGACCAGCGACAAGGCGGGCGCCUCACCACUACUCGGCUACACGGUUGAGAUGUAUUCAACGAAUAAAAGUAAGACAUGGAUACCGAUAGCGGCACGCUUGACUGAACCCAUUUUCACGGUUGAAGGCCUUAGUGGCGGUGCGGCGUACAUGUUUAUUGUGCGCGCUGAGAAUGCACACGGUUUCUCGCCGCCCAGCCCCAUUUCGGAGCCAAUUACGGCGGGCAAAUUGCUCGGUGCCGGCGACGGUGGCGUUGUUGGUGGUGGCGGCGCAGGCGGUACAGCCACUUCGGAGCUGUUGCUCAAUGAAGCGGAAGCUGUGCUGCAGACCAACGAUUUGGUCGAACUACUCGAGGCCAAUGCCACCGAUGCGACGACGGUGCGACUCGCUUGGGACAUUGACAGCGGUCAGUACAUUGAGGGUUUCUACAUUUACGCGCGUGAACUACACUCGGCCGAAUACAAAAUGAUGACCAUAUUGAAUGCGGGUAGCGGCGCGUCGGCGUGCACGGUCAAUGGACUGGAGAAGGCGAGCAUGUAUGAGUUUUUUCUUGUGCCAUUUUUCAAGAGCAUCGUAGGCAAACCGUCCAAUUCGAAACGUGUGCGCACCAUGGAAGAUGUGCCCGAGUCGCCGCCGCAUGCUAUGGAGGCCAUACAAUUCAAUCGGACAUCGGUGUUCCUCAAAUGGCAGCCGCCCUAUCCGAAUAAGACACGAAAUGGCAUUUUGACCAACUACAAUGUGCUGGUGAAGGGUCUGGACUCGCACAAUACCACACGCAUUUUCAAAAAUAUGACCAUCGAUGCCGGCUCACCGACAUUGCUGUUGGCCAACCUCAGCACCGGCGUUACAUAUUACAUUUCCGUUGCGGCCGCCACCAAGGUGGGUGUGGGCCCAUUCAGCAAGCCGGCUGUGCUGCGCAUGGAUCCACGCACACAAUCGCUCGACACCGGCUACACGAGGUAUCCCAUCAAUCGCGACAUUGCUGAUGAUUUUCUAACACAGACCUGGUUCAUCAUUCUGCUGGGCUCCAUUAUAGCGUUAAUUGUGUUUCUCUUCGGCGCUUUGGUGCUCUUCAAACGCUAUCAAUUCAUUAAGCAAACAUCGUUGGGCAGUUUACAUGGCAAUCACGCAAUCGGUGCGGUGCGCAAAUUUCCUACGCUACCGUUAAAUGCCAAUGGUGUUUGGAUCGAUCCGACCGGCGGUGUAUGGCGUCAGGCUAGCAAUUGCACAACAAAGGACCAACUUCCGGAUUACGCACAAGUCACCGGGCAGCAAACGUUGCCGUUACCCGAUUAUGAACGGCUGACACCGCUCAACAUGCCCGAUUAUGCUGAGGUUGCAUGUUCAACAUUCAAAACGCCCAACGGCCCACUGGGACACGUAACGCCGAACGGAAAUGCACAUGCCAUAUUGCAGCAAACAUCCGGUGGCAAUGGUGGUGGUGGUGCUGGUGCAAACAAUGUGCCAACCAUCGGUGGCAUACACAAUGGCAAUGCGCUCUAUGAUAGCUGCGGCGCGUAUGCAACAACGAAUUUGGUGGCGAAUGCCAAACUCUAUCAGAAUCGCUAUGCCACAACCGCGAAAACAACAGCCGCUGUGUCAGCCGUCGCCGCCAACGGUAAGGCAAUGCGCCAAUUGAGCAAUGCCAACGGCAACAAUAACAACACUAGUCCAGCGCAUAAUAAACACGAUGACUAUCGCGCCGCUGGCAUGUAYUCGGCGCCACCCAGCGCGCACUAUGCCGGCCUCAUCGAUUUGGCCGCGUCGAAUCCCUUCAAUGACAAAAUGACCGCCUCCACCGCGUCUACGGCGAUUUUGAGCGCCUCACCAGCGAAAAGCGCAAGCAAUAAGAAAACCGACGCGAAGAGUUUGUACGGUGGCAGUCAGCAAAAAAUCAAUAUCACCGAAAAUAAACUGGAUCUCAUGAGCAACAUCAGUCGCAUUUCGCCCACACCGACCAAUGGCUCGUCCGGCUCAUCUGCCGCCACCGCAUCCAGCUCCGCGGGCAGUGAUAGUGUGAGCUCAUCAUCCAAUGCGCUUAUGCCGCGCAUGAAUCCCUUCAACAYUGGCAACAUGUGUGCCACCCCCAGCAGCGGCAAUGCUAAUCAACGACAACUACAACAACAGCAAUUGCUUGCCGCCAGUAAUGCGUUGCGGCAGGGACUUGGCGCCUUUGCCAGCACCACAUUGGCCGCACAGAUGGUAACCGGCGGUGGUGCGGGCACGCUGCGCCGCCAGCGUCAUCCGAAAAUAUUCAAAAGCGAAAACAACAUUAACUUUGGCAAUCUAUAUGGCAGCGGCAAUAAUGCAACUUCCAGCAAUAAUAAAUCACAAUUGCUCAUUAACCACAUCGGUGGCGGCGGCGGCGGCGGUGGCGCUGGCAAUGCGCUUACACUUAGCGCCGCCACAAAUAGCAGCAGCGCCGCGCAUUUUGACUUUCUCACAGGCGGCGAAAAUAGCGCGCUAAGCGAUGGCGGUGGCGGUGGCGGCGGCGCAGCACUAACUAAUGCGAUCAACGAGGCGGCUAGCGAUUUUGGCGCCGCGCUUAGCACAUCAACGAAUCAACUGCUCAAUGAUUGGGCUUCCAGCGCCAGCGUCGCGGCUGAACAUCAAACCAACACACAUGCACCGGCGUUUACGCAAUCGCCAGCGCAUCACCAACCACCGACGAAUCAACAGCCACCACACCAACAAAACUACAAUCACAGCUUUGGCAGCAAACAGCCGAGUAAGCAGCAUUUGUACGUGAAGGCGAAGGAUGGCUCGUGGUCCACCGUCUCCUCGGAUGCAUAUCAAUCCUACCAGCAGCAGCAGCAGCAAGCGCUGACACAAGGUGAUAAGCCACAACAACAACAACAACAACAGCUACAGCAGUCGCUAACAACAGCAAGUCAUAGCAGUAAUUUUAAUGCCAGCAAUAAUAGUUGCAUUAGUAGUAGCAGUAACGGUAGUAGUAGUAUUAAUAGUAGUAGUAAUAAGGCGGGCGCCGCUCAGAAGAGCUUUGAUAGCUGCUUAAAUGAAUUCAACGCGUCGCUGCAGAAGGCUAGCGCUAGCGCUAAUAACAGUAGUUGUAAUUACAGUAAUUUGCCCGCCGCCCAGCACACACCCACACAUACACAGCAAGCCGCAGCGCAAUCACAGCCAACGRCAACAACAACAACAGCGAAGUAUUUUACGAGCUACGGCAGCAGCGAUAAGGUGUAAAUCAUGAGGMGUUUACGCGCUUUCGGUUCGCUGCACUUCCACAUUCCUUUCUCUCCACUUCAAKCGCCGAAUUUGUAGGUGGCGCUCACUUUCCUAAUUACAAAGCGCAUUAAUGUGUGUCAUUAACGCGGCGCGCACUCAACGAUUUGAGGACGCAAAACUGGUCAGCGACUAUGGGCGGUGUGUGUUAGAGCUCAAAUUAGUGGCCGGCAGUCUAGUUAAGAACAAGCUGAGAAGCUGAGGCGGUAAAUAUUAUAUAUAUGUAAUCAGUUAGUUAAAAAUUGAAGUGAACUACGAAGCUGAAGUGAAGUGAGUGUAGUUGUUGGGGGUUUUGGUGCAUAAGUUUGGCGGAAACGGAAGUUAAAUGCAGCAAGCCAUUGUAAAACUAACUAACUAUAAAUAUCGCAAGUUAUAGCAAAUAUAUGAUGCGCACAUAAACUGUUACGAUCCUUAUGGUAGUGAAGCUAGUUAAACGAUAUCACGAAAUAAAAAAGCAAAAAAUAUUUUUAAAAAUGCACGAAAAUUCGAAAACCCUACACGAGUAAUAUAAAUAACAGAAAUAAAUCCAUAUUAGAAAUAGAACGUUUCAUAACACAUAUAUCCGUGGAAUACUGUAGUUAUAUGUGAGGGAAAAGGCACUAGUCCUCAAUUAAACCGCCUAAACUACAAUGCMUCCUUAAACACGUUUUUGCUCKUGCUCUUUCCCGAUAAGCUUUCAWUUAAACAGYUGGGAAAUUAGACACUUCMAGAUUCCAGUCUAGUCUGCRUAACUUUUCUAUAGUAUAAUUCCAYAUAGUACGCACUAAUAUGAAAAAUAUCAGCAGAAUCCGUGAUUUUGUUUUGAGCAGCUUGCUCCAUGGAUUUUAAUGAUACAGGGUUUGUACGGAAAGUAUAUGACUUAUUUUCUUCCGCCACGACUAUACUUCGGACGCGACACGACUUCGUACGGCAACUGGAAUCGAGCGGCUCGUCUCUUAUUUCCGAGCACCUGGUAAGGCAGGACAAAUAUUUUCGCGGGACGCGGGACGUUUUUCCGUGAGUGGAGAAAUCCAAAAAUGCAAACAACAACCCGGCUCACACCGCCUUUCUUGUGAACAGCUACUUAACCACGGCCGGCAUCCCAAUGACUUCGCACCUGCCCUACAGCCCAGAUGUGGUCCCCGGACUUUUGUUUUGUUUCCUAGGCUGAAAAGGCCGAUGAAAGGCAAGCAUUUUGAGACGACAGAGGGGAUCCAAACAGUCUGAGUCUCAGCUCUCAACGCUAUUCCGGAAAACACCUUCCGUGACGUCUUCAAUGCUUGGAAAUUGCCCUAGCAGCGCUGCAUCGACGCAGAAGGUGCCUAUUUUGAU